AUUGGAAGAGAAAUCAAUCCAGUAGAAUCCGAUCCGUGAAUUCGCAUGGCCGCCGGUUUGCGAUCUCUUGGAGUCAUGAAGCUCCUUGUUAUUGGUGUUCAGCCGGUUCAGCCACGUAGUCGUUGUAUUUAAAUAUUUGUAAUGGACACGACGGAAAAGCCCGAGGGGUCCGAGGAGGCAGCUCCAGUGCCGACCCCGGCUGCCCCAACCACUGCGGCUCCGGUCAAAUGUGCCGCGACAGCCGGCAUGGCACGAAUCAAACCAGAGUUUGUACAGGAGAUCAAGCCCCGCAGCGCGGACCCCGCAUUCGUAGCCCCUCUGCAGAACGGCCAAGCCGCCGCCGCCGCCGCCGACGGCGCGCCGCCUCGCAAGAAACUCCGGGGUCAGAACCGCAGCCGGCCCCACUCGACCCCGCAACCGCGCUCCUCCAAGCUUUGCUUCAAGUUCCUCUCGGAGGAGGGCUGUCCGCACGGCGAGACGUGCCGCUUCGGCCACGACGUGGAUGCCUUCUUGCGGGCCAAGCCCGCCGAUUUGGGUGACCGGUGUCCGCUGUUCGAGGCGUACGGCCGGUGCCGCUACGGUGUCGCCUGCCGUUUCGCCGGCGCGCACCUCACGGACGACCGGCAGAACCGGGUGUCGCCCGAGCGUUGGAGCGUGCACGUGGGGGCCCAAGUCGAGCGCAACACGCUCAGCCGCGAGCUGCAGGCGUCCCUGCGCAAGCGGCAGUACGACUUUGCGGCCGCGGAGAAGACGCUAAAGCACAUUGCGUCGGGGGCGUUGGCGGUAGCGGCGGUUGACGACGGGGCAGGCGGCGACGACGUGCCGCUCAGACCGGUCGAGAAGAAAAAGGUUGAUUUUGAUGGAAAGCUUUUUUUGGCUCCUCUGACUACGGUUGGCAACCUUCCCUUUCGCCGCAUCUGCAAGGAGUUUGGGGCGGAUGUGACGUGCGGGGAGAUGGCCAUGGCCAGCAACCUGCUGCAGGGCCAGCAGUCGGAGUGGGCCCUGCUCAAGCGACAUGCUUCCGAGGACCUGUUUGGCGUUCAGGUUUGUGGGGCACAUGCGGACCAGAUGACGCGCUGCGCCCAGCUUCUUACGGAGAAGUGCAGUGUGGACUUCGUGGACAUCAACAUGGGAUGCCCGAUUGAUUUUGUGUACAAGAAGGGUGCCGGCUCGGGCCUGAUGGGGCGUGCCAAGAAGCUGUCGGAAAUUGUGUUUGGCAUGUCGUCGGUGAUGGACGUGCCACUGACGCUGAAGAUGCGGGCGGGCAUCCAAGAGGGCCGGCAAAUUGCACACCAAGUCAUCCAGGACCUCAAGAGGUGGACUGACCGGGUGGCCCUGAUCACCAUCCACCCCCGGUCCAGAGAACAGAGGUACACACGGUCUGCAGACUGGGGCUACUUGGAACAGUGUGCGAAAGUGGCUCACCCCAUUCCCGUCUGUGGUGGUGGCGACAUCCUCAGCUUUGAGGAUGCCAAUCUGCGGCGUUCUUCGACAUCCGUGAGUGGCCUAAUGAUUGCCAGGGGUGCCCUGAUUAAGCCGUGGAUCUUCACGGAGAUCAAGGAGCAGCGACACUGGGACAUCUCCUCCUCGGAGCGGCUAGAGAUCCUCAAGAAGUACACCGGCUAUGGCCUGGACCACUGGGGAUCCGACACCGAGGGUGUGGAGAGAACGAGAAGGUUUCUGCUCGAGUGGCUGUCGUUUUUGCACAGAUACAUCCCUGUGGGACUUCUUGAAGUGCUACCUCAGAAGAUCAACGAGAGACCGCCGCCAUACCGAGGGCGAGACGACCUUGAGACACUGUUUGCCAGCCCCUCCUGUGCAGACUGGGUUCGCAUCAGCGAGAUGCUUCUUGGACCGACGCCGGAGGACUUCAGCUUCCUGCCAAAGCAUAAAGCAAAUGCAUACGCAUCCUAACGCCACAAUGCUGGAGGCAGGUCAACCUUCAUUCGGUGGUUUCUCUACCGACGUCAAUUCAUCUCUCCCGUGUGCCUACAAUUGUAAUAUAGGGUCUUGUUAAUAAAAGAAAAAUAUGCCGUUUA